UCGCUGAAUCAACGUACAAACAAGCUCUAAAGGUAAGCAUUCACUUGCAGACAACAUCGGAAACCACUUCAAGAUUCCUUAAAAAUCAUGUUGGUUUCAGACAAUGAACGGAACUGGGAACUCAAUAAUCAAGACACUUUCGCUAAAGAAUCCGAAACUCGUACUUCUCGAAUCAUGUCCCCCUUUCUCCCACGUCAAGAUCAUCCAUGGUUUCAUGAUAAGAACUCACAUAAUCUUCGACAUCUUCUCAUCCAGCCGGCUAAUCGCUUCCUGCGUAGACAACCCUGCAUUAAACACCACCCUUCUCGAUUACGCUUUUCGGGUUUUUACCCAGAUCCGAAACCCGAAUCUAUUCAUAUUCAACGCUAUGAUCCGUGGAUUCUCAGGAAGCGAAAACCCACACCAGGCCUUCCAUUUCUACACCCAGUUACUUCGCUUUGACUUGCUUCCCGAUAACCUAACGCUUCCUUUCUUGAUCAGAGCGUCUGCUCAACUGGGCGCUGCGGAUAUGGGAGUUCAAGGCCAUGGUCAGAUCAUCAGGCGAGGAUUCGAACAAGAUGUGUAUGUGCAGAACUCGCUUGUUCAUAUGUACUCUACUUGUGGAGAUAUAAACGCUGCGAGCAGGAUUUUUGAGACGAUGAAUUGUUUAAACGUGGUUUCUUGGACUUCGAUGAUUGCAGGCUAUAGCAAAUGCGGGGACGUAGAGUCUGCGCGUAAGGUGUUCGAUGAAAUGCCGGAGAGAAACUUGGUUACUUGGAGUAUAAUGAUUAGUGGGUAUGCUCGAAAUGGCCACUUUGAUAAAGCUAUGGAGCUCUUUCAUCUUCUUGAGGAAGAAGGAGUGAUGGCUAAUGAAACAGUAAUGGUGAGUGUGAUAUCUUCUUGUGCCCAUUUAGGCGCAUUGGAGCUCGGAGAAAGAGCUCAUGAUUAUGUGUUGAAGAAUGAUUUAGCCAUGAAUGUGAUCCUUGGAACUGCCAUUGUUGAUAUGUAUGCAAAAUGUGGGAGCAUUGAGAAAGCUAUUCGGGUUUUUGAGGAACUGAGAGAGAGGGAUAGUUUAAGCUGGACGGCUUUAAUUGCUGGACUAGCCAUGCAUGGGUUUGCAGAGAAGGCGGUGUUCUACUUUUUGGAAAUGAUCAAGUCAGGAUUAACUCCAAGAGAUAUUACCUUUACAGCUGUGUUAUCAGCUUGCAGCCAUGGCGGUCUAGUGGAAAGAGGUUUGGAGAUAUUUGAGAGCAUGAAAAGGGAUUAUGGCGUUGAGCCAAGGCUGGAGCAUUAUGGUUGUAUGGUUGAUCUGUUAGGCCGUGCAGGGAAGUUGGCAGAAGCUGAAAAAUUUGCCCUUGAAAUGCCCACGAAGCCAAAUGCCCCAAUUUGGGGAGCAUUGCUUGGCGCUUGCCGGAUUCAUAAGAAUGCAGAAAUUGCUGAGAGAGUAGGAAAGUUACUGAUUGAAUUGCUGCCAGAACAUAGUGGCUAUUAUGUUCUGCUCUCGAAUAUUUAUGCUCGAGCAAACAAGUGGGAAAAUGUUGAGAAUAUGAGACAGUUGAUGAAGGAUAAACGAGUCAAGAAGCCGCCUGGUUUCAGCUUGAUUGAGAUAGACAAAAAGAUUCAUAAAUUUACCAUGGGAGAUUUUACACACCCUGAAAUGAAGAAGAUUGAGAGAAUGUGGGAAGAGAUUCUCAGGAAGAUAAGAUUGGCAGGGUACACCGGGAAUACAGCUGAUGCAUUUUUUGACAUAGACGAGGAGGAGAAAGAGAGUGCUCUUCACAGGCAUAGCGAGAAGCUUGCCAUCGCAUUUGGGAUUAUGAAAACAAAUGCUGGGACAACGAUUAGGAUAGUGAAGAAUUUGAGGGUGUGUGAGGAUUGUCACACGGCUACAAAACUGAUUUCGAAAGUUUAUGGGCGGGAGCUUAUAGUGAGAGACAGAAAUAGGUUCCAUCAUUUUAGGGAGGGUGCCUGUUCUUGUACGGAUUACUGGUAAUUGAUUUUUUCCUGGGUGCUUCACAAAUUUUAAAUCAAACAGUAUCAAAUACAUUUUGCAAA